GUUUCUUAGGAGCAACAGCAGGGCUCCGUUGCUGAUGCUGUCAACUUAACAUCUCAUCUGUGAAUCUCUGCAUCUUGUCACAUCAAUGGAUACCUAUUGAUUCAUUCGCCCUGAAAUAUUCUCAACAGACUUGCUCUUUGCGUAGUGAAUUAGAGAUAGAGAUGUCACUCUGUAAAGAAGUCGGACAGGUGGAAAGUUGAAGGCAAUCCAUAAGUAAAGGUGGUCGAAAGAUCAAGGUGAUCUCAUCUUCAUUGACACACAUUGUUGUCUGCCACUUCUGGGCUGGUCCUCUGGUCCUCUGCUCCACACCCCAUCAGAAUGUGUGACUCACUGGAAGCAACAUCCCCAGUGGCAGGCAUAGGAGGACCGGUUGCAUGCGUGUCUAAGGUGGAGCUGCGUAUGUCCUGCAAGUCCCUGUUGGACAGAGACACGCUCAACAAGUCAGACCCAUGUGUCAUCCUCAUGGUACAGAACCAGGGCCAGUGGACGGAACUGGAUCGUACUGAGGUGAUCAAGAGUAAUCUGAAUCCAGUUUUUGCUAAAGUCUUAAUGCUGGAUUAUUACUUUGAGGAAGUUCAGAAACUACGCUUCGAGGUCUACGACAUCCAUGGAGCCCACAGUAUUGGAACCCGUGAUGAUGACUUCCUGGGUGGUGUGGAGUGCACGCUCGGACAGAUAGUGGCCCAAAAGAAGAUGGCGAAACCUCUUCUGCUAAAAUAUGGAAAAUAUGCUGGAAAGUCCACGAUCACAAUUCAUGCCGAAGAAAUAUCUGGAAACAACGGCUACGUAGAACUUUCCUUUUGCGCUAAGAAGCUGGAUGAUAAGGAUCUCUUCAGCAAGUCGGAUCCAUUCCUGGAGAUUUACAGAAUCAAUGAUGAUGGAACAGAGCAGCUUGUACACAGAACUGAAGUGAUUAAAAACAACCUGAACCCUGUGUGGGAGCCGUUCAAAGUGUCUCUCAUUUCUCUGUGUAGCUGUGACGAUGAGAGGAAGUUAAAGUGUUUAGUGUGGGAUUAUGACUCCAGAGGAAAGCACGACUUCAUUGGUGAAUUUUACACCAAUUUCAAAGAAAUGCAAAAGAUUUCCUCCGAAAAUAAGGUCACGUGGGACUGCAUCAAUCCGAAGUACAAGCUGAAGAAAAAGAACUACAAGAACUCGGGGCUGGUUAUUCUCAGCGAUCUCAAGCUUCACAGAGUCUAUUCCUUCCUGGACUACAUCAUGGGAGGCUGCCAAAUACACUUCACAGUUGCCAUCGACUUCACAGCGUCUAAUGGAGACCCUCGCAAUAGCUGUUCCCUACACUACAUCAACCCCUAUCAGCCAAAUGAAUAUCUGAAAGCUUUGAUAGCCGUGGGGGAGAUCUGCCAGGACUAUGACAGUGACAAACGCUUCUCUGCUUUGGGCUUUGGGGCAAGAAUUCCACCAAAUUAUGAGGUGUCACAUGAUUUUGCCAUCAAUUUUAACCCAGAGGAUGAUGAAUGUGAAGAGAUCCAGGGGGUCGUGGAAGCUUAUCAAAACUGCCUCCCCAAGAUCCAGCUGUAUGGUCCGACUAACGUUGCUCCCAUCAUCACCAGAAUAGCCAAACAGGCGGCUGGGAAAGAACCCAUCAAAGACGCUUCUCGUUAUCACAUCCUGCUGAUCCUCACAGAUGGGGUGGUAACAGAUAUGGCCGACACACGGGAGGCCAUUGUACGCGCGUCCUACCAACCCAUGUCUAUCAUCAUAGUGGGCGUGGGAAAUGCAGACUUUACAGACAUGCAGAUUCUUGAUGGGGAUGAUGGAGUCCUACGUUCACCUAAAGGAGAACCUGUCUUGAGAGACAUUGUGCAGUUUGUGCCAUUCAGAGACUUUAAAACGGCUUCACCGGCAGCUCUGGCGAAGUGCGUCCUAGCAGAGGUACCUAAACAGGUAGUGGAGUACUUCAGUCACAAGGCAAUACCGCCUAUCAACCCAGUUCUGCAUUCCGCUCCCAACUCCAUCGCCAACACACCCGAAUAACACUUCAACUGCCCUGCCCUGUGUACUUUUACAGUACUGCAAACGGGAAACUGGGAUAGGGCUACUCAACCACCACAGUACAGUUCACAGUAGUAUUACAUUUUCAUCAUACUGGUGUUCAUACAGACUGGUAUUUUUUUUAAAUCUCUGAGCCCUUGACAACGACAGCUCACCCAGCAUGCAAACCUGGUGGCCUUGUACAUCUCCUCGUGUGAGGCACUUUGAAGAGCCAGACAAUACAUGAAAUUCUCAUCAGCACCACGGGCCCUCUGAUCCCGCUGGCUCUUUACAGAUGCACAGUGUUCUUCAGAGCACUUUGGGAUUUUGCUCUGCGAUUGUACUGUUUUCAUUUCUGGACCCCUGGAGGACUGGAACUGAAAAGUUCAAAAAUAUACAAUGUAUGAAAAUUCUGUUAUAAUAGCAUGUAUUAAGACUGGGUUUGGCUUUAGCUGUGCUGGUCGGAUAUGCAUGUCACGGCUAAAAUCACCGUCUUAAUAUAUAGAUAUGUGGUGGGGAAUCAUAUAAAUAUGCGAUAUGAAUAUUCAAGCUUCAUGUAGGAUCUCCCCAACGUUCUUCUCUAACCUCACAUCAAUCGAAUGCUUAAACAGAGUCUGAUUGGGUAGCUUUAUUUUUGGGGGAACGCACUUCACCUUUAAAUGUGUUAUGCAAAACAUACAGUAGACAAAGCUGCCGUUUGUAUUAUAUUAGAAUCAGAUAUUUGCAUUUACAUCUGUUUAGUAACACAUGACAUUAAAGUGCAAAUGGCAUGAAGAAAUUCAUUAUUAAUACAUUGUGAUAUACAGUAUGUGAUACAUGAUACAUAUUGUGUCAGACAAUACAGUGACUGAGAACAAUAUAGCCGUGUCAUAUACUGUACAGUACAUGUGAUUAUUUCAUUCUGUGUGCAUGAUCACAAACACUGAAUACAAAUUUGAACAAAAAAUGGAUGCCUAUAUUUACACAUUACACCUCCAAUAUAUUGGAUAAACAGCGAUAACAAGACAAAACAAAAAUAUAACUUUCCAAUAACCAUGUGCACAUUUUUCUUGUUCAAUUUGGUGGAAUAACCAAAAAUAACUCAUAAAUUGAAAGUUGCAUUGCAGAAACAAACUCUAGGAUAUCAAGCAUUACUUAUCUAUUGUACUUUUUUCAAGUAGUCGCUUGAAACAUAAAAACUGUGACAGUGGAAAGUAUACUCUAAAAUAUGUUGGGUUAUUUGAAACCAUUGUUGGGUUAAAAAAUGGACAAACCGGACAGUUGUGUUAAAUUAACCCCUAAAAUGGUUAUAUUUGACCCAACAAUGGGUUAAAACCAUCAAGCAUUUUGGGUUGAAACAACCCAGCAUAGGUUAAUUUAUAACCCAACAGUUCGGAUUUCCAUUUUUUACCAAAUGCUGGGUGGAAACAACAGUGUUGCAGUGUUACGAAAAGCAUGCUGGGAACUGAAAAUCCCCCUCAAUCUGUCGUGUUGGAAUAACUUGUUUAUAUUAAGUAAACUCAACAAUAGGUCCAAUAUUAUAGGGUUUUGCGUUAUAGUCAACAAUGUUAAGUUGACCAGUCAAACACUUCUUAAGUAAAGCCGACAGUACCACAUUUUUGUAUAAAUAAUAUAGUUAUAUUUACAUUAAUGUAGUUACUUGCAUUCUUUAUGUACUGUGAACAAGGAUGGGACAGCGACAGUUCAUUUUUUUUUGUGUACUUUCGAGCGUACAAUUAUCUUGACUUUCACAUCAUUGCACAGCUUUAAAGUGAAAAGAGUCACAUGCAUGGUAGCGUGUCCAUUGAUGUGCUUAGUAUAUAUAUCCAAGCGCAUGAAUGGCCCUGAACUCUUGCUCAACCUCUCCACCAACAGUAUUUUGCAGUGUAUACAUGCCUGUAUUGCAUGAAUGCUUAUCAUUUAAUUAUGUAAAUGAGGAUUGCCAGGUUUUGAUUCUAACAUGCUGUUGGUUUCUCUCUUAAAACUGUAAAUCUAAUUUACAGAAUUUUAUCUGUAAUCUAAUUUCUAAUUUUUUUUGCAAAGCGCAGUGCUCCUGUAUAUUGCAUUUUUGUUUAUUUAUUGCUUUCCUGCUUGCAUAUUUUUUAUUCGAUUCCAAAUUCACUACAUUGCAUGUUUGGUGUAUCCUGAGGUGAGUGCUGAAAUUGUUCUCUCUUGUCAUGCACACAAGCAGAAGAGCGUGUUUGGAGAUCGUGGGUCAUCAACGCCAUUGUAUUUCACAGACUAAGGUCAUUGCCAAUUUUUAUGGUUGAACAGAAUCUUUUGAUAUUCAGACACCCGAGUCAUUAGGGUACAUCAAAUCUGCUUAAAGACUUUGUGGAAGAUGUCUGCUGCAGGCUGAGACAUUAUAUCAAAGAAAAGCUAUACAGAUUAAUUUCUCCAGAAAAAUUAUUGCCUAAGGCACUGUACUGUAAGACGCAGGAGUAAUCCUUUCAGCAUUUAUCCUUGUUUUGUCUCACUUAUGUUUAAGCAUUGUGUUUUGAUUUGAAUCCCUUUGGGAAGCUGUGAUUUACUGCAUGCACUCCUCUGUGUUAAAAUACCUGUCUGAUUUUCUUCAAUGUUUUGUUGGAAGCGAGUCUGCCGUUGCACCAGCCCGUUUCCUGUAGUCUAGACUCGUAAU